AUGAACACUGAAGCACCUCCGGUUUCAAAUCGACCUGGCCAACCCAACACCUCAAAUCGUUUCUCUGCCCUAGUCACCCCGAGUCGACCUGCUCAUGAAGAUGAGAGUAGUCCCUAUUUCUUGGGCACAAGAGACCACCCAAGCCUUGUUCUUGCUUCUCCUCCUCUAACCGACAAGAACUUCCAACAAUGGUGUAGGGAUUUCAAGAUUUUGAUUGGAGCCAAGAACAAGUUUUCCUUCCUCAAUGGAUCUCUACCACAACCAGCUCCAGAUGACCCUCUUCUAAAUCCAUGGCUAAGAUGCAAUCAGAUGCUCAACAACAGAUUUGAUCAAGGGAAUGGGCCAUGGAUCUUUGAGCUCCGUGAAUCUUUAAUCAGUCUUCAUCCUGGUGAUAACUCUGUAAGUGCUUACUUUACUCAACUGAAAUCAAUGUGGGAUGAGAUUAUUGAGUUACGCCCUAGAACACCUUGUACUUGUGCUGCAUCUACUGAUCAUCUUAACUUCCCCGACCAAGAACAAGUGUUACAAUUUUUGACUGGCCUUAAUGAUUCUUUUCAUGCCGUAAGGGCUCAAAUUCUUCUCAUUGAUCCAUUUCCAUCUUUUUCCAAAGUUUUUUCAAUGUUUGACAAAAAUGCAAACCACAACCGCACUGCGAAAGGUUCUAAACUGCAAAUUGCAGUGUGGUGUGGUGUGGGUGAUUUUAUGAACAUCCCUACUUCAUGA